AUGUCAUCGCCUUUCCCCACUUUGGCGAUUUGUCUCACAUAUGUGUUCAUAGUUAAAGUGCUGGGUCCGAAGCUUAUGGAAAACAGAAAACCAUUCGAGCUUAAGAAUGUACUCAUAUGGUACAACUUAUUCCAAGUAAUAUUCAGUUGCUGGUUGUUCUAUGAGAGUAUAGUAAGUGGAUGGUUUACUACGUACAGUCUUCGGUGCCAGCCAGUCGAUUACUCCAGAUCUCCAGAAGCAAUGCGAACAGUGAACGGAUGUUGGUGGUAUUACUUCUCGAAAUUCACGGAAUUCUUUGAUACGAUAUUCUUCGUUAUGCGAAAGAAAUUUGAUCACGUGUCAAAACUUCACGUCAUUCAUCAUGGAAUCAUGCCCAUGUCCGUUUGGUUCGGCGUCAAGUUCACACCUGGCGGUCACUCCACAUUCUUUGGAAUGCUGAACACGUUCGUACACAUCAUUAUGUACUCGUAUUACUUGCUCGCCGCUCUGGGCCCUCAAGUUCAGAAAUACCUUUGGUGGAAAAAAUACCUAACUGCUCUGCAAAUGAUUCAGUUCGUGCUGGUGUUCAUUCACGCCUUUCAACUGUUGUUCAUCGACUGUGACUACCCGCGCGCCUUCGUUUGGUGGAUCGGAAUGCACGCCGUUCUCUUCUAUUAUCUCUUCUCUGACUUCUACAAACAGGCUUAUCGGAAGAAAGCAAAGAAUGCGAAGGCUAAAGUGAAGGUAGAGGCGGAAUCAUGCAUGGAGUCAAAGGAAAGGAAGCUACCCUUGCUAAAUGGAUUCAGCAAUGGAUCCGCGCUAAAUGAUGUCCGGCAAAGGAUGGCCGGGGCCGUCGCAUCACAAUGA